CACCACUUUCGCUUUUACUUACGGCCUUGUAUUGAUUUGCGUGGAAAGUUGGGAGAACAUGUUUGUUAACAUCAGGAUUGUGCACGGCGCCCGGUGCCUGUUGCCGCUUUACGUGAACCUGUCGCUAAAGCCGAGGGUCGUCUAUUAACCGAGGUUGAACACGCGUGGAUCUUUGAUAACGUUGACCACUAAUAACGCUUAGUUUGCUGUAACGCUGGACCCUCACCAUAUGAAGUCACCGCGUGGGUUUAGCAUAGCCCCGCUAACUUAGCUGAGCUUCUUCCAGUACGUGCUAACAUGCUAAAUGCUCAUUCCUGUUUAUUUUGACCGUCCACUAGGAUUCGACACUGGCACAGUUUGUCAGCGUCACCAGCUAAAUUGAUACAAUUGUACUUUUGCCAUCGGUAGAUCAUGAAAAGGCAUUGCUUCUCUUUUUUGAUAGUUUGGAGUGAUAUUAAACGUUUGGCUUGCUAAUUUAGUUCUUUCGAGCACUCACCGUCACAAACUUGGAGCAGUAAUAGCGUCGGGUCUUGACAGUUUGCUAACAUCUUUUUCGGACUUGAUAGAUGUAAAUACUUCUUAAUUGCCGUAAUAUUAGUAUUAAUAAUAAUCUGAGUAUCCCUGUCCAAGUGAGCCACCCCGUAACGUUAUUGACGAUGUUGUUUGGAGGGGCACUUCACUGAUGUGAACGAACCGAGCGUAGUAUGAACCACAUUGGCAUCGUGGAGCAGAAUGGGUCAUGUGAGGGAGCCGUGGCCAUCCUGGAUGCUGGCGCCCAGUAUGGCAAGGUCAUUGACAGACGUGUGCGGGAGCUGUGUGUGCGCUCAGAGAUCCUCCCAUUAGAGACACCGGCCUUUGCUAUUAGGGAACAAGGUUACAGGGCAAUCAUCAUUUCAGGGGGCCCUGCUUCUGUGUAUGCAGAGGAUGCACCAUGGUUUGACCCUGCUAUAUUUACCAUAGGAAAGCCUGUCCUGGGGAUUUGCUAUGGAAUGCAGAUGAUGAACAAAGUUUUUGGUGGCACAGUUCACAAAAAGUGUGUAAGAGAAGAUGGGGUGUUCAGUAUUGGAGUGGACAACACCUGCUCACUCUUCAGAGGCCUUCAGAAGGAGGAGGUGGUUCUGCUGACCCAUGGAGACAGUGUGGAUAAAGUGGCUGAUGGCUUUAAAGUGGUGGCCCAAUCAGGAAACAUCAUUGCUGGUAUUGCCAAUGAGCAGAAGAAGCUCUACGGAACUCAAUUUCACCCAGAGGUUGACUUGACAGAGCGUGGCAUGGAGAUGCUUCGCAACUUCCUCUUUGAGAUUGCAGGAUGCACGAGUAAUUUUACUGUCCAGAACCGCCAGCAGGCCUGCAUCAAUGACAUCAUAGAAAAAGUUGGCAAGUCCAAAGUGUUGGUGCUGUUGAGUGGUGGCGUUGACUCAACUGUGUGCACAGCCCUCCUCAACAAAGCUCUGAACCAGGACCAAGUGAUUGCGGUUCACAUUGACAAUGGCUUCAUGAGGAAGAGAGAGAGCCAGAGCGUAGAGGAGGCCCUCACCAAAUUAGGCAUCAAACUUAAAGUGGUGAACGCCUCACACACAUUCUACAAUGGGACAACAACACUUCCCAUCUCGGAGGAGGACAGGACUCCUCGGAAACGGAUCAGUAAGACCUUGAAUAUGACCACCAACCCCGAAGAGAAAAGGAAAAUAAUUGGGGAUACGUUUGUCAAGGUGGCAAACGAGGUGAUCGGAGAGAUGGAUCUCAAACCAGACGAGGUUCUCUUAGCUCAGGGUACCCUGAGACCCGAUCUAAUUGAAAGCGCGUCUCAUCUUGCCAGUGGCAAGGCAGAGGUCAUCAAAACACACCACAAUGACACCGAGCUCAUCCGCAAACUCAGAGAUGAGGGAAAAGUUAUCGAACCGUUGAAAGAUUUCCAUAAAGAUGAGGUUCGAGCGCUCGGGAGAGAAUUAGGCCUGCCAGAGGAGAUAGUCUCGCGAUACCCUUUCCCUGGUCCUGGCCUGUCCAUCAGAGUUAUUUGUGCAGAGGAGCCGUACAUCUGUAAAGACUUUGCCGAAACCAACAACAUCCUCAAAAUUGUCACAGACUUUUCUGCUAGCGUCAAAAAGCCACAUGCCUUGCUGCAGAGAGUCAAGUCGUGCAUAUCAGACGAGGAGGAAGAGAAGCUCAUGCAGAUCACCAGCCUUCAUUCACUUAAUGCCUUCCUGCUGCCCAUCAAAACUGUUGGCGUCCAGGGAGAUUGCCGCUCUUACAGUUAUGUGUGUGGCAUCACAAGCAAAGAAUCACCUCAUUGGGAAUCUCUGAUGUUCCUGGCCAGACUCAUCCCUCGCAUGUGCCAUAGCAUUAAUAGAGUUGUCUAUGUAUUUGGGCCUCACGUGAAGGAGCCACCAAUAGACAUCACUCCGACUUUCCUGACCACAGGCGUUCUAGGCACCCUUAGACAGGCUGACUUUGUCGCUCAUUCUAUCCUCAGAGAGUCUGGAUACUCUGGAAAGAUCAGCCAGAUGCCAAUCAUCCUGACGCCCUUGCACUUUGAUCGCGACCCAUUGCAAAAGCAGCCAUCUUGCCGACGGUCUGUCGUGGUCCGCACGUUUAUCACCAGCGACUUCAUGACCGGCAUCCCUGCCACGCCGGGGAACCAAAUCCCGGAGGAGGUGGUGCUCAAGAUGGUCAAUGAGAUCAGAAAGAUCCCAGGCAUCUCCAGAGUCAUGUACGACUUGACCUCCAAGCCACCUGGCACCACAGAGUGGGAAUAAAAAAAAAAAAAAGAUGUAACAUGGCAGUGAUAGGACACACACACACAGUGUUCAAGUUAUCAGAGAAGGCUGGUGAACUCGUCCUAAACUCUCAUCUCCUUCGUGCACCCCUUGUCCACCUUUCUCAUCAACAUUCCCAUGGAUGACAGACCAGACUUUGAUCGCCGCCCCUUUUCCCCUUGUCUUAAUUAUUUUGGCGGUGGGGAUCCAUUCUAGAUAAUAUUUUUUUUGUUCCCGCCCCCCCUCCACAUUCAAAAAUUGGUUUUAAAAGGUAGCGGUUACCCUCUGUUGUCAGUCAACCAUCACAAUGGAGUGACAAAAUACUGUGAACAAUUUCGGCUGUGCGUUUGCGGUGCAAUGCGGUUUGAAAUCAGAUUACUGAAUGAAUUAAGACGACGCAUGUGAAAAGCGCAGAAAGAGUGGUCAUCUACUCACCCCGCCCUUAUUGGUCAGUGUUGUGUGUAACUUUAAUGGAUCUGAAUAUGUUCUUCCACAUAUUUUCACCUUCUACCUGUAUACUGUGCUAUGAGGACGGGGGCCUGUCUGAAGCUGAGCUGAAUAGACAAGGCGUUGUCUGACCAAUCGACCGUUUUGUAAGCGAUCCUUUUUGCCAAAAGUCGAUGCUGUUGUCAUUGGCGCCUCCGUGUGGUCAUAACGGACAAUUCUUAUCCUGACUAUCACGUCUUUUGGGGGAGCUGUGCAGGAAGCCAAACUCGUGGGUUAACUUUUUAUGUGCCUGUUUUUGGAUUUGUUUUGUUUCUCUGUAAUGUGACCAGUUCUGGACCCUGAUAUUUCUAAAAUAUAGUCUAACACUUUCUCAUUAUAAUGUGACAUGUAUACUUUUUCGACAAUAAUUCCAGAACUAAUACAUAAUCAGUUGUAAAUUGUGGUUGUCUUUUGUUGCUGCUCUUGUGUCGGACAAGAGUGUGUCUUUGCACGUUUGUUCCUUUUUUGAAAGUAAAGCCUUCGAGCUUUAUCAACAGAACCCAGUCAUUGGGAGGUGUGGCCAUAUUAAAUGCUUCACUGUGUUGUGUGUUUCCUGUUCCAUCUUAAACUUUCAAUGUUUUUCGAUUCUAAAUUGACAACCGUACUUAAAUCUUGCCAUGUGAAUGUCAAACAUGGCUCAUGUUUGACUAACAAAAACAUUUUGUGUUUGUGCCUCUACUUUUGAUGGCAAUAUUAUCUUAAAGCAAACAGUUUGCCAUUUCCCCCCCUAAUCACUCAUCUGCCUUUUAAUGUAUAUAUAUUUUUUGUCAUAUGCGUCCAUGGGGAGAGAAAAAAAAGUGUCUUGACAUAUUACUGUAAACACAAUUUUGUAGUUGGAUUAAAUUGCAAUAUCCACCUGAUUAAGUUAUGCAAUUGUAUGUCUGAGGGUUAUAUUUUUAUGUCAUCUCGCUCAUUCUUUCUUAGUAAUGUGCCUCAAAUCAAGCCACUGCAUGCAGUUUCAACAAUAAUGAACUUUAUACAAAAACUGAGCUUUAAUAAAGAUCUCCAUGUCGAAACCUCA